AUGUCAUCGUUCGCAAGUCCUAUUCCUCCGCCUGUUUUUGACUCGGAUGAAUCGGAUGUAGCCAGUCAACAAUCCACUGACAGUAGCUAUUUAGCAUCACAAUUCAAUCGACGUACUCGUCUCUCAUUUUCACCUAAAUUAACCGUUAAUACAAGUUGUAGUCAAGUUUUACCACCAUCAUCAAUACUUUUCGAUGAAUCAACUUGUGGUAGUUGUAGUCAACCAUUACAAGAUGAUUCAUGUAAUGAUAGUCAACAAUCAUCUCAACAAGAUUUUAUUUUUAAUGAUUCAAUAAAUAUUGAAUCAGCAUUAUCUCGUUUAACAACAUUAUCACAAACACCAUCCGAAAUAUCGUGUCAAUCAUCACCUAUAUCAUCACAUUUAACAAAAUCAAAUGAAUUUAAAUCACCAUGUCAACUUCGUUAUACACCAUCAUCUGGUACUGUAUCAACUAAACCAAUUGCAAGUUAUACAGUUAAAUAUGCAACAAAAAGUACAACAAAUAAUAAUAAUAAUAAACGUAAACGAAGUACAACAAGAAAUCGAGAUACAUCAGCAAAAUCCGACACAUCUGUAGAUCGUGUAUCACUUAAAACACCAGAUCAAUCACCAUGUACACGACGAAAAAAUCUUGAUUAUGUUCAAGAGAGUACAUUUCGUUCACCCAAAGUUCAACGUCGAAGUCGUCAUCACGAUGAUUCACUUUGUUUAACAACAUCAAUCAAUUCUGCUCAUGAUGAACAAUUAACAACAAAAUCUAAAGGUGAUUUAGUAAAUACUAAUCCAUUUAGUCCACAAUUAAAUCCUGAACAAAAUAAACGUGUUAAACUUGAUUCACCAUGUGUACCAAUCGCUAAAACAACUACAACACCGACUCCACGUUAUCGUACACGUCUGGUUGCUAAACGUGAUCAACAAGCUGCAGCACAUGUUCCAACUGAAUCUCAACAAUCAUGUCGAAUUGUUCCAGCUGGUUCACCAUCUUUACGUGAAUUAACUAUUCGAAGAUUUGAUGAAGAAUUUCAUCAAGAAUCUAUACUUGGUCAUGGAGAAUUUUCACAUGUUUAUCUAUGUAAAAAUCGUCUUGAUGGAAUUAUAUAUGCUAUUAAAGCAUCUAAACAACCAGUUCUCGGUACAAGUUAUGAACAAAUGGCAUGGCGUGAAACAUGUGCACAUGCUGUACUUAUAUCACAUGAAAAUUUAGUACGAUAUCAUUCAGCAUGGAUUGAACCUGAUGGAAGAUUUUUUGUUCAAUUAGAAUAUUGUAAUGGUGGUUCAUUAGAUGAUAUUAUAGAAAAAAAUCGACGUAAUCGUACAUAUACAAAUGAACAACAAUUAAAACACAUUCUUCAUCAAAUAAGUGAUGCAUUAGCAUUUAUGCAUGCACAAGAUUUAGCACAUUUAGAUAUAAAACCAGCUAAUAUUAUGUUAUGUCAACGUUCAAUUAAUUUAAAUCUCGAUAAAGAUGAAGAUGAUGAUGAAACACAUCAAAUGAUUUAUAAAUUAACGGAUUUAGGACAUGUUAGUCAAAUAAGUAUGUCAGCAAUGGAAGAAGAUGGUGAUAGUCGUUAUUUAGCAUUAGAAGCAUUACAAAAAUCAAAUUCAAAACAAUUGAAUUUAGGUAAAUGUGAUAUAUUUUCAUUAGGCUUAACAUUAUAUGUUUGUGCAACAAAUCGUGAAAUGCCAAAACAAGGUAAUGAAUGGCAACAAUUAAGAUUAAAUAUUAUUCAAUAUCUUCAUACUAUUUCACAUUGUACUAUGCAAUUUAAUGAAUUAAUACUUGGUCGUAUGUGUAACGUUGAUCCGAAUCAACGACCAUCAGCCUAUGAACUUCUACUCAAUCCUACUGCCAGCCCAUUGUUACCAACAAGUCGUGAAUUUCUUCGCCAUAGUUUAAAACGUGAACGUCAGAAAAAUUUGAUGUUAAAUAAAAAAUUACUUAGUCAUUAUCUUUUAACAAAUUCAUCCGAUCUUCAAACAUUACCAACAGGUAUUAAUGAUACAAAUAAUACAAGUAUACAAUGUCAACAAAUAUUUGUAUCACCAACACAAUCAACAAUUGUUCCACAACAUCAAUAUGCAUCAACACCUAAUGAUACAUCAAGAGUAUUAUUAAUUAAUACAUCAAAUCUAUCAUCUUAUUCAACAACAACACCAUCAACAAAUCUAAAUCAAUCAUUUGCCUCACCUGUUCGUGGUGGUUCACUUGCAAUGAAACAACAAACGAAAUUAAUCGGUGGUUCAAAUAUGUUUCGUCAUUAUUCGAGUAUCAUCUAA